CUGGUCGCACCACCGGGUUUAUCAUGGCGAGGCACCUCCGCUUCGUUGCGCGGACUAUAAUGGUUCAAGGUGGCGACGUAGAUGCGGCGUACAAGACUUUAAACAGGGUCCUGGCGCAAGAAGGAAUUAUGGACACCGUGAGGCGCAGGCGCUACUUUGAGAAGCCAUGCCAAGAGCGAGUGCGGAAGAACUUUGAGAAAUGCCGGCGAAUCUACAACACUGAUAUGGCCAGAAGAAUUGCCUUCGUUUCUAGGACAAACAGAGAUGACCCCUGGCUGGGUUGCUAGUCAAGUGGGGUGUGAUGAACGAAUAUGUUAUGAAUGGACUGGAUACGCUGGGACCAGCAGAGUGGAGGAAGCAUCAGAUCAACAUGUGGAAGUGAACUGGGCAAAUCUGGAGAAAAGUGACUUUUGUUUUGUCAUAUUGUGCAAGAAGUUAUAUGUCCACAUACAUUCAUUUUUCAAAUAAGUUGAGGCAACUUGGGUAAUUUUUUUCAUGGUUGUCAUAGAAUUUGGCACGAAAAAAUACAAAGAAACAUCUGUUGCACUCAGUUUUGGUUGUAACCAGUAUACAAACACUUGGAUGACAUUUCAUGUCUUGAAACUUGUGUUGUAAGGUUCCUAAUAAACAACAUUAAAUAACAUUUUCUGAAAUUUUUAAGUUGGUGUAAUUUUACUUUGAUUGAAAUAUCAAAGUCAUAAGUGUGUCAACUUAAAAUACUUAAUAGAAAACUUGUUUUGUUAACUU